AUGGCGAAGCGCGUUGCCACCGUGCUUGCCGUCGCUGCCGUCCUGAUGGCAGUGCAGCCAUCGGAGGCGGCGCCUGAGGACGCGGCGCUCCGGUUCCCUGGCCGGGCGGGCAGCAGGCCUCGUAACCCCGUUUUCCCUGGCUACCCCAGAGCCAGGCCGUCGCCGCGAACGUCCGGCUCCCCGGCACCACCCACGCCGUCGGCACCUGUGUCGCCGCCGCCUUGCCCCAGACCGGUGGUGCCGGAGACGCCGCUUGUGGCGGGCUUCCCCGGGCUGCCGGGCAGCGUUGGUGGCUCUACUCCAUCAUCGUCGCCGACGGAUUGCGUGACGCCGCUGGCGGGGCUGAUGACCUGCGGGACGUUUCUUACGGGGAGCGAGUCGGAGACUCCCACGCCGCAGAGCGAGUGUUGCAGCGGGCUCGGGGCCUUCUUGAACACCUCGUCGGCGGCGGGGGACGGCGAACGGACCCUGCGCUGCCUGUGCCCGGUGAUCCUGGGCGACGUCAACAAGAUGCUGCCCAAGCCUGUGGAUCCCGUAAGGAUGAUGUAUCUGCCCAUCGCCUGCGGCGUCGUGCUUCCACCACAGGUCCUCUACAUCUGCCUCACUGGGCAGCAAACCCCGCCGCUCGUCGGCCGCAUUCCCGACGUCUGGGAGAAGCCGUCGUCUGCAGGCAAGCAGCACGCUCUAUAUAUUAAUUCUUCUUCAAGAGAUUUGGCACCUUGUUCUUCAGCUAAUGACGAUUCACACUUCAUCUGA